AUGACGAACCAAAAGCACGUCGUAUUCGAUGUCGUCGGUACAUGCGUCUCCUUUGACGCAUUCUAUAACUGCAUCAACCGUGUCAUCGGCGAAAAACUCCUUGCCAAAAGCAUCACCGCCCGCUCUUUCGGCUUCGCCUGGAUGACAGCCGCUGAGCUUGAAUUCACCUUCCUCUCAAUUUCGGAGCGCUACCGCCCCUACAAAGAUAUCAUCACAGCCCUCUUUUACCGAUCGCUAUACAUGUGCGGAAUUGAGUCUCCGAGGACCUUCGCAACCGAUGCAGAACGCGACCAGUGCGUGCAGGGAUAUUCUGAGCUGGAACUGCGACCCGGAACAAGCGAUUGUUUCGCUAAACUGAGAGCUGCCGGCUUCACUGUCUGGUGUCUGACGACUGGCGAUACGAAGCGCGUUCGUGGAUACUUUGAGCGUGCGGGUGUGGAUAUGCCGCUUGAGAACUUUAUUAGCUGUGAUAAUCAGGGCUUGGCUAAGCCUGCUUUGGCGGCGUAUCGGCCUGCGUUGGCGAAGUUUGCGGAGGGCGAUAUUAAGUGGUUUGCUGCUGCGCAUAUGUGGGAUGUAUCGGCUGCUGCUAAGGUUGGAUUCCGGGGUGCUUAUUGCACGAUUUAUGAGCAGGAGUCUUGUGAGGAGAUCUUUGAUACCAAGAUGGAGGUUAUGGCGGAUACGUUACCUGAUAUGGCGGACAGGAUUGUGGCUGCUUCGGUUUGA